AGAGAUACAUUUCAAACUGCCCUGGGAUGACUGUGUGAAAGGACUUACAGAGGAUGACGAGUAUGUCGAACCAAGGUCGAGAGAUUCUACCUCCUAUGCAGAGUUUAGAAAAGACAGCCAUGAGAUCCAUGCAAGAAUCAUAAAAGAGAGCAAACAUUACAAGUGCCUGUUGGGCUGAAAUAAGGAGUGAAAGUAGCUGCCAGGUUGAUGGCAUUUUUUCCUGAACUCUCCAUGAUUCUGGGGCAGGAAGUUGCGUCAAGAAUCAAAAUCGGCACAAUGCAGAAUCCUUUAUUGGUCUCUCCAAAAGAUCAAGGUGGUGUUUUUGUGGAGUCUAAUCCUACUGAGAAACAGCGCGGCCAACACCCUCUGCUAGCUCAGCAAACACAAGAGACCUGUAUUGGGAAGACAGUAUCCACAGAUGACCUGAAGUUGUCCCCUGGGACAAUCCAAAGUGGAAAAAGCUGGCAGAGUAAGAGUCAAUUUCGGACUAUUGCCCCCAAAAUUGUCCCGAAGGUCAUCACCCCCCGAGUGCUGCCUUGUCAUCCCACCUCCGUCCCUGAGAAAACAAACCCGGUUCCCCCGGCGCACCCUAAACCGCUCGUCAUGCCCCCACAAAACUAUGCUCUGAUGCAAGUGGCCGGCCAAGAGGGAACAUUUUCCCUGGUUGCCCUGCCCCAGGUCACCCCAGCCCUGACCACGCAGCCAAUCCAGAAGCCAAAUACGCUGCCAGAAAAUCCGAAGCUGCCCAUCCCCAGGUACCAGCCGCCGAGAAAUAAGAAACCAGCUGAGAGGAAAGCCGUCCAGAACUCUUCCCCCAGCCCCUGCUGCAAGACUCCUACCAAAGUGCAAGCAGCCCCUGCCGCUACCAGCCUUCCCAAUCCCUGUUCUAGCAUUGAAUCAUCUGAGCAAGUGGUAGUAAUAGAUCAGGGCCCGGCUGAAAUCCCAGCCACCCCCCUGCUUGGGGCUAGUAGGCAGGUGGGAGCUGGCCCCCCACUGAAAAACCAGCCCGAAGCUGCUAAAGCUUCUCCUCUCGUGACUUCUUCUGGGCCCAAGGAGGACUCGUCAAAGCCAGACCAGGAAAGUGACUUGGCAAAAGGAAACACAGAUGCUGGGAAAUCAGCGAUUAAACCCGCUGCUGGAAAGGGCGAGGCUCUGAGAGAAAAGGCCGUUGAAUCUACAAAGGCAGUGACUGUUCUGUCCCCGGCCAUUUUUGGCAAUGCAGUCCAACUGAUCCCGCCAGCCCCCAAGGGGAAACUCCCCAUCUUACCCUACGCCAGGAUGAAGACUGCCUUCUUUUGUAAACCGAAACAGAGCCCUAUGCCGGAAGGGACGGCCCUUUCCCCUUGGCGUGGGUCUGACUGUGACCCGGCCCCACCCGUUCCGAAAGGUUUGAACAUCUCCGCCAAAUUUUCCGACAAGCUUCUGACUUCGUCUGAUGCCCAAGUGUCCAACCAAAUGGCCCAUGAAAGUGCCCUGGGCCUGGCCACUAAGGCGGAAGCCAACCUCAAAAAGAAAUCAAGUGGUGGGACGGCGAACAGAACCGGGAAGAAACGAAAGGCCCCGGAGGAGAUUUUGACUUUUCCGACCAAGAGGAGGAAAUCCACCAUUAGUAAGUGUCGGGAGGGCAAAGAAAGAGUAAAAUUGGAGGCUCAGGAGCCCAGGGACCGAAAAGCAGGGACAGUGAAGAGAUACCGGAGCAUCAUGCCUAAACCCGUCAUUGUGGUGCCCUCUCUGGCCCCACUCUCGUCCCCAGCCGCUGUCCUGCAGGCUCAGUCUCCGAAACAAGAUGCCGUAGUAAAUACCUUACUUUCAAACAAACAUUUCAGCUCCAAGCCCAACGAGGGCCCUCCCACUCGAUCCGGCGCCAGCUACCGAAACCUCCCCUCCACCUCCCAACGGCCCUGGCACAGAUGCCACGUGUGUAAUCACAACUUUCAGUUUAAGCACCAUCUCCAGGACCACAUGAACACCCACACGAACAGGCGCCCCCACAGUUGUCGCAUGUGCCGCAAAGCCUACGUGCACUCUGGGAGCCUGAGCACCCACAUGAAGCUUCAUCACGGCGAGAGCCGCCUCAAAAGGCUGGUCUGCUGCGAAUUUUGUGCCAAGGUGUUUGGCCACAUCAGAGUGUAUUUUGGCCACCUGAAGGAAGUCCACCGGGUUGUCAUCAGCACGGAGGCAUCCAUCAGUGAAUCGCAGCAUGGCGAUACUUCAAAGAAUAGAGACAUGAGUGUCAGAGGGACCCAAGACUCAACAGGAAGGGAAAACAGAUCCAGUCUCGAAGAAGACCUCUUCCCAAAUCAAGCAGAAGAAGUCAAGUUGCAGAUCAAGUGUGGUCGCUGCCAGAUCACCACCCAGUCCUUCGCCGAGAUGAAGUUCCACCUGCUGUGCGUUCACGGGGAGGAAAUCCAGGGUCGGCUGGCAGAGGGGAUGCCAGCGGGGCAGCCGGGGACUCAGGAGGAGCUGGUCAAGCACGCGGCACAGUACUGGAAGCAGCGCCAGGAGAAGAGAAGCCUGCCCAAGCGCGGGCCCCCAGAGGAAGGGUCAGCCUCCGCGGGGACCAAACUGAACAGGGAGAUCUACCCGCAGCAGCAGCAGCAGCAGCAGCAGCAGAACUUAGACCUGCCGGCGAACCCUGGAGGCCACCCAAUGGGAAACGGGGAGCCGGCCGGGGCCCCGCAGAGCCGGAGCAACGGCACCCCAAGUAAGAUCCAGGUUUGGUCCUCCUCUGGCCUUCACUGCCUGCUGUGUCAACAGAUUCUUGGAAGCCAGAAAGAGCUUUUCCUUCACUGGCAGCAGCAGCACAACUGUGAAAAUCCUUCCACCCUCUGGACUAUUUUAAAUGCCUUCUCUACUCAAGGAGUAACUGAACUUGCUAAAAACCCUGAAAACGGAAAUGCUGAAAACAGUGACAGACAGUUUUGCUCUCCCUCCACUCCCCAACCUUGAGCGUUGAUCUGGUGUCUCCAUCACAAAAGUCCAACAAGCUAAAAACUCAUUCUCUUUCAGUAAUCAAAGACUGUUUGGACCUAGCUUAGAUUUGUCUGACAGCAUAGUUAUAUGGUUAGGUGCACUGUGGAUUUUUUUGGAUAGGUAUGCAGAACUGUAGUAAAAAUACUAGCCGUAAUAGUCACACCCUGUAUUUUAUCAGAACCAGAAAGUUGAGUGCUGAACCGUGACAAUGAAUAGCUUUUAUGACAUCAUUACAGUGUACACUACAAAAGGGUCCUUUUUAUUUAAUCUUAUUCCAAUACUGCCCAUUUCAUGACUAAUCUGAUCAAUUUCUAGAUUGAGCAUUUAAUUUUAAUCUCAAAGAAAGCUCCAGAUUUUAUGGUAUAUAUUGAUACACUUUAUAGAGUUUGUUUCCGAUAUCAGUUCGGGAGUCUUUCUAUUAAAGAAUUCAAAUUCCUGGCAGCACAGAUUUUUUCUUAGGCAUUCAAAUGAAGAAAACCUAUUUUCUUAAAUGCUCACUGCCUGGAAGAUUACUUGCUGGCAUAUCUACAAAAAGAGUCAACUGCAUCUUCAAAGAAAUCCUUCAGUACUUCAGCUGAUAAAGACCAGUUUUCUUUAUAAGAAAUUAUUUCCAAGCAGCCCGUGUGGCUCAAAUAUUUAUAGCCUGUGACACAACAGCGCUAGUUCGAGCCAGAAGCCUCGGUGUUUCCGACACUUUACCUGGUCCCCGAGCACUGGGUCAGUUUAAAACGGCAACUGGAACCUUUUCCUGUAUUGUCAGUGGCAUGCAGUUUUACUUAGCAAGUCCAGAUUUUCCUGGAAAUCUGAAAUCAGACGGUGUUCUGGGAAAUUUUAUAAAAACCUAAAAUUUUUAAGUCUUGAACAUUCUGGGUACGAAAAUCACCUCCCUCCCUAUCUUAUUGGAGUGUGAGAAUGGUAGUAAUGAAAGUUAUAUAACUUAUCUUCAGAGAAGGAGUCAGAGCUCUUAAACUCAGGGUAAAAGUGACCCCCUAACCCAUGCCCAAACACCCCCAACAGUGGUGGCCUCUAGCCAACCUCGAUGUGCGUGGAGGUCCCUGGGUCUGGUGGGCCAUGGAGCCACAGUGUCCCCCCAGCCACCUGGACCAUCUAGAAAAAGGGAGGGAGUGUAAGCCUGCUUCCUGCCUGGGACUGUGUGUCCACUUGCUUCAGACCUGCUUCAAAAAGUCUCUCCUAAACUCAACUGGGAAAGCCCUCAUGGACCAAAUGAGGCUAAGUCCUCAGAAGGCGAGCAGACGGUCCUGGCUGCAUAAACUGCUAGGCCGGAACUCAAGCACAGCCGUUCUCAAAACCUGCAGUGAAGACACAUCCAGGAAAAUUGCCUUCUGACCCUAAAAUGCAUCUUUGAUUUUUUUGGGGGGGGAGUGGGGACCCAACAUUAAAGAGAGUGUUGCUAUUUCAC